GCAACCUCAACUCAGCGAUGAAGGCGAUCACAUGUGCGGUGAUCGACGGUGGGGAUGUCAUUUGCUUCACUCUUGAAGAACGACGGCGUGUCAGCGACCUCAAGAUAGCGAUCACUGAACGAAUGGCGUUUCGCUUUCUUCCGCACCAGUUGUCUCUUUUCCUGGCGCAAACGAGCGAUGGCUACUGGCUCAAGAAGUCAGAUCCCGAUAUCACGAUACUCAAGUCUGGCAAGGUACAUGGUCGAAUCAAGCAAUUGAUGACACCAGCGACCGAGUUGGACGAAUCAACUGAAUUGCGUGAGCUCAACCUCCCUGACGACAAGAACGACGCCAUCCACGUUUUGGUGGCCAAACCACAUCAUGUGAAGAUCUUAUGCGCGGUGGUCGGGAUUGACGAUAUCCUUCGAAUGAACAUCGACGAGCGGGACUCCGUCAUGUACUUGAAGCAAGCGAUCAAGGAGUCCAUAGGGUUUCCAUUUCAUUGGUGUGAACUCAAGCUCUACGUCGCCAAGGUCAACAACGCCCACUGGCUCCGGUCGGACAAUCCUGGUGUGUCCAAGUUGAAGGCUGGCGAGAUCUCACGUGAAAUCAAGCGAAUGAUGACGGACGUGGCGGAGAUGAAGGGGGAACAUGAAUUGAGCGAAUUCCACUUCACUCAAGUCGAAGCAGGUCCCAGCGGACGACAACUCCACGUGAUCGUGGACCUUCCGGCGUACUCAAAGGCCAUCGCUCGUUACGCUCGCAAAGUCAGUAGUUUGGCGUAUUGCCACUUCGUCUUCAUCGUGAUGUACCUGGUGUUGGCUGUUGCCAGUGUUAUCGUCGCAGUAGACUGCGCCGCUGUCAAAGAAGGCGGUUUCGCGAGCCUGGUUGCGUCAUGUGGGGGAACAUUCUUUGUGACUGUUCUGUCCAUGAUUGAGGCGGCAUUUCAAGCGAGCAAAGAUUACUACGAGUCCAAGGGCAAAGAAGCGGCAUGUCGCGAACGCUUUGGCUAUACGCGCAUACCGCCUAGCGACGACGUUUCGCCCUGACGCCGCCUUCUCUUCAGCAUGGCCUGAAACCUUUCAAUUAACGUUAAUAACU